CCUGCCUCAGUCAGCACCACGGACAGCGACCCUGCCAGCUCUCUGCAUACACUGCUAACGGCGCCUCCUGCACACACUGAUACACACACACACACACACUGAUACACACUCACAGCGGGCCCCCAGGGGCAGGGCAUGUUCAUUUUGUAAUGACUACCAGCUAAUACAGCAUAAUCUACGAUCAUGUUACUGCGGCAUUGACAGCUUAACAGCAGAGGGCAGGAUGCAGGCUUUCCUACAGACACCCCCUCGCCUUUUAUUUUUUUAGUUUCUCAGCCACCGGAAAGAUCCCUUUAUUUUGGGUUUCACCAACCAACAUGCCUCCGUCGACUCGUCUCGGGCUUCUCUCAGGGCGGAGUGGCUCUAAAUGAUAACAGAUGUGAUGCACGUCUGGCAAGGAGCACGUCUUGGUUGAGGGUCUCUGCAGAGCAAGGUAGUGAAAUCUCUUCCUCUUCCUACUCCACGCCCUGUCAUUAUCACCAAGAGCUCCACCAGCACCAUGUCCCCUCCAGCAUCGGCUGCGACAGCGAGUGAAAGCAGUACGACCACCGUAUUCGAGGAGGACACCAGGGAGGAGCAAAGACCCCUGAAGCAAUCUCUGAGCAAGUCACUUUGCCGGGAGAGUUUUUGGAAAUGCCUCCUCUUGUCCAUUCUCAUGUACGGCUGCAUGGGAGCGAUGGUUUGGUGUCAUGUCACCAAGGUGACCCGCCUCACCUUUGACAGUGCCUUCAAAGGGAAAUCCAUGAUGUACCAUGACAGUCCCUGCUCUGACGGCUAUAUCUACAUCCCUCUGGCUCUACUGGGCAUGCUCUAUUUAGUCUAUCUGGUGGAGUGUUGGCACUGUCAUGUGAAGAAUGAGCUGCAGCACAAAGUGGAUGUGGAGGGCAUCUACGAGCGCAUCCAAAGGAUGCAGCAAGCCAAACCCUGCAUCUGGUGGAAGGCCAUCAGCUAUCACUACGUUCGCCGAACACGACAAGUCACACGCUACCGGAAUGGAGACGCUUACACCAGUACCCAGGUUUACCAUGAACGUGUCAACACUCAUGUGGCAGAGGCUGAAUUUGACUACGGUCACUGUGGUGUCAAGGAUGUUUCAAAGCAGCUGCUGGGCUUGGAGAAGUCUGCUCUUACUAAGAUGCGGUUCACCAAGUGCUUUAGUUUUGCCAAUGUAGAGUCAGAGAAUUCCUACCUUACACAGCGAGCAAGGUUUUUCACCGACAAUGAGGGCCUUGAUGACUACAUGGAAGCCAGGGAGGGCAUGCACCUGAAAAACAUUGACCUGAAGGAGUAUGUCAUGGUGCUGUCCGACCCGGACCACCACCCCUGGUACCUGUCCCAUUACGUCUUCUGGUUUGCCUCACUCCUCACGUUCUCCUGGCCUCUCAGAGUCUUCACAGAGUAUCACACUGCAUAUGUCCACUAUCGUGUUGAGAAGCUCUUUGGGCACGAUUACCUCCCCGUGACCCCAUGUGAUGAUCGGCCAUAUUGGCGUCGCAUCCCUCGUGUUAACACCAUUGACAGUACAGAACUGGAAUGGCACAUUCGUUCCAACCAGCAACUGGUGCCCAGUUACUCAGAGGCUGGCCUGAUGGACCUGGCCCAGUGCCCGACCAGCUUCAGCGGGAUACGUCAGAAUUGUGAACGCUGCCACAGAGCCAUCAGCUGCUCCUCUGUGUUCUCCAGGAGUGCCCUCAGCGUCUGUACUGGUGCCAGCUCCCGCAUACCCUUCAGCAGCAGUCGCUUCUCCUUGGCGCGACGCUACGGCUCCCAGCGCAGCUGCUUCUGGAGGAGUGGCAGCUUGGAUGACCAGGAGAGUCCCAGCGAGAACACCCGCUGUCUCUCAGAGCGCCUCACCACAGAUGAUGAGGAACCCCCAGACUAUGAGGACGCACUUUGCUACCCAGUGCUCAUAGUUCACUGUAGCGAGAAUUGCCACAACCACAGAUCUUUCCACAGAAAUGGCUCCUGCGUGGAGACUUCCUUAUGACUAUGCAGUCACUGACAGUGGCAUGUCUGUAGCAUACAAACACUUUGCACAUCAGAAACAAGAGUGUGUAAACAUGUCUUAAUGUGAGAUACACAGAUCUGUGCUGUAUUGUCAUACUAUCUGCAACAAAUGCCUGAAUCCUGAAUGUGUGAAUCACCAAAGCAAUAACAGUGAUUAGUGAGUGGAGAACAAUGCUAUUGUGGUAUGUGAACCUCCGAGGAUACACGCACGUGGACAAAUUAUAUCUGCCUGGCUUCCAGUGAAAACCAAGCAGACACAGACUGUUACACUGUACAUCAUUGCCAUACCUUUUAAGGUCUCAUAUGUACCGUACAUGUGAAACUGAAGCUGCAGUUACCUCAUACGACCCUUUCAGAGGCCACGAAGAAGACGGGCAGGUUAAACACCUCAUUUAUUCAGUGAAAUCUCAGUAACGCAAACACUGACCAGUCAGAUAACUACAGCAAUAACUGUGAAAAUAAAUAUCCUUAUAAGUGAAAAAGUAAAAGGAGGAACAUCAGUGAAGCGUGUCGGCUUAUGCAUGUCACAAAUAGACAAUAGUCAACACGGAAACCUGCCGACCAAAGAGACAAAGGAACUCUGGAUUCUCUCACUCACUGUUAUACCAAUCUAUAAUGUUUGAAAACUUACAUUACUUGUGUAAAGUGUUGUAAUUUGACUUUGUACCUACUUUUUUUAUCAACAUGCCUCAUGUAUUUCUACUUCAGUUAGUGACUUUCUGCAGAAUGCCUUGUGACGAGUGCAGAAAACAGGUACGAACUCACUUUCAGCUGUGGGGUUUGUUAGUAGGUGAACAGUGACAUAAAGAGAGUAAAAACAGCUGUUUUAACUGAGAUCAAAAAUGGAUUGUGUCCUUGUCCUCAGAGCAAACCUGUCUUUGUGGUUACAUUACAUUCUGUUCUAUUGAGGCUGCUGUGGGAUGGAGAAUUUGAUAUAGCUGAUAUAUAGCUUCUUCUACAAUGGAUUUCUCACUGUUGGACUGUUGACUGUUGGUGCUAUAUGGCAGCUCCAGAGAGAAACGUACUUUUCUUUUGGAUGUUGACAGACUUUCACCUAAAUCUGAUGUUUACAGCUGAUGUUUUGAAACGUUUUGUCCGACAAACCUCCGCUGGAAUUCUCUAAGUGUGAUGACGCAUUGUCAUAGUUUGGAUGCUUUAAUUGUUAAAGAACCAGUGUGUAACAUUUAGGGGGAUUUAGUGGCAUUCUGCAGUGAGGAUUUCAGAUUGCAACCAGCCGAAA